AUGAACCUCUUCAGAAGAAAUUCCGGGCGUUCCAGGACUGACAGGUCGAGGCUGAAGCAACUCGCCGCUUCGUAUGGACCUGACUGGGCGGUAACAAUCGUGGUGGCUGCUAUAUUCUUCGCGAUCGACAAUGUUGAGGGAUUCAGGAGGGAGUUCUCCUUGUCGGACACAUCAUUGCGGCACCCGUAUGCUGUCCACGAGAGAGUGCCUCCGUUCGCUCUAUACAUGAUUGCGAUCGUGUCUCCCAUAGUCCUGGUGCUCGCCAUCAAUCUCCUGACGGUCCGAUCAUUCUGGGAUGCCCAUAAUAGUCUUUUGGGAUUGGUGUUGGGUUUGGCUAUCACUGGAACAAUAACUCAAUUUACGAAGCUUACUGUCGGGCGCCCUCGACCAGAUGUUAUAGAUCGUUGUCAACCUGUUCCUGGAUCCGCGGAUCCCAUCUACAAGUUGUCCAAUUCUAGCAUCUGCACUCAGACGGAUGCGUACAUAUUGAAGGAUGGCUUCAGAAGUUUCCCUAGCGGUCAUUCGAGUCUUUCGUUCGCAGGUCUGGGUUUUCUGUCUUUCUACAUUGCUGGCAAAUUACAUCUGUUUGAUAAGAGAGGACAUGCUCCAAAAGCGUGGAUCUCCCUGGCGCCGUUGGCCGGUGCCGCGAUGGUGGCGAUCUCUCGUACCAUGGAUUACAGACACCAUUGGCAAGACGUUCUCGUGGGUAGCAUACUUGGCCUCGUCAUGUCCUACUUCUCCUAUCGGCAGUACUACCCGCCUCUGUCCUCGGAAUUCUCCCACCGGCCUUAUUCGCCACGGAUCCAACGCGAAGGCGAUGUACUUCCAUUGCACGGCGGAGGCGGUCUCCCCUCACUACCGCCUCAAAAUGAACCACCAUCAAGCUACAAUGACCUGGAGGAAGGAGCGGUGAACGCUGGCACGGUUCCGAAGAUCGAACCCGGACCUUUACCCGAAAUCUGGAAAGCCGGUAACGACGGCGGACACGAUGCCCACUAUUCAACCCUCGGACAUGAGAGGACGUCGUCUGAAUGA